GUCGAACAGGUUGAGAGGAAAUCUGACAAAGUAAACACAACAGCAGAGCAAGAGAGAUAGAUAGGAGUAACAGGGCGGGAUCUGAGCGCCAAACUGGAUAACACGGGAAGCCGAUAGCUGUGCUAGAGUUACUUCUUCGAGACUGUGAUAUUAUUCAACUUAUUCGAGUAGUUUAACGUGCCUUUCUACGCGUUUUUGUGUUAAUUUAACGUUUUUGUGAACGCAGUUCUGCUACGGCUGCUAAGAAGAUGAAUACAUUGGACCGUUCUUCCAAAUGGCCGUCUUAUGACUCGCUGACCUCCACCUCGAGCUUCCGCUUCAGCGAGAGUGAGCAGACUGAGGAUGAAGCGGACGUCUUCUCGGAGGGAGAAGGGGACGGUGGAACAAGAAAGUCCGUCUCGGGUGAUGAAGGGGUCGCAAUCUCUGGAAAUUACCACGACUUCCCAGCUCAUUCGGAUCAGCUGCACUCAAGGUCCGAGAGCGACAGGCCUAAACGCUGCCCGGAUGAGCCCAAGCAUCCCAACCCGGCCUCUUCUCCCCCAGCUGCAACGUUGGGCUCCUCUUCAGCGACCCCUGGGGACCUGGCCUUCGCUAAGAAAUGUGCAGAUUUGCAAAGGUACAUCUGUCCUUUGCUGGAACUUCUACAUGGUCUAAAGAUCGGGCGAUUUGACAAAGGUCUAUCAAGUUUCCAGCAGAGCGUUGCCAUAGACAGAUUGCAGAGGAUUCUUGGAGUUCUGCAGAGGCCUGACAUGGGUGAGAGAUACCUCCAAAACCUGCUGCAGAUAGAGAUGAUGCUGAAGAUAUGGUUCCCUCGGGUGGCCAAAAAUAUUCCAAGCCAGCCCACCCCUAUCAGACUCCGAACACACUGGUGCCAAAAUCAGCUCCACAUGCCCGUUAAGAAGAGAAAGCUGAGCUGGUCAGACCCCGACGACUCCAGCGAAGUCCCAACCAAGCGUCAGCACUAUCGACAUGGAAAACAUGCGAGCUGCCAGGCUGCGACUCCACUUGACACAGUGAUCACACGUCUACCAGGCUCACCUAAAAACCAGAGAGUUCCAGAGGAAGAACCAGUUGAACCAGCUGAGGCUAGCUGUGUAGCCCAACACGAGUUUACGCACAGCACUGUGACUUUGAGCAGGCCGUUAUAUUUGUGUAUCAAGAGAGAAAACGAGAAGUCUGAGAUUUCUCUUCCCUCCCAUUGUGAAAGCCCGGCGACACAGGACAGCUCGGUGUCCUCGAGUGACAUCUCGACUACAGCUGACUCGCCUUAGUUGGUCUUAGCUGGCCUUAGCCGGCCUUAGCUGAGCUCGCUACCACAUGAAGGUGCCACUGCAUGCCAGCCAGAGCGAAGGCAGAGGGCGGACUCGAUUACAUAAGGAUAAAGUUAGGCGCAGAGCCAGUCUGUGAUGACUGCGAGGCAUGUAAACCCACAAGAGGAGGAGGAGGAGGAGAAAUGCAGAGAGACUCUCGUUAACCCCUAACUUUCCAGCGUUGGUUUUGAUUACACCAGUUAUUGCACUAUGUUACCAGGAGUUGUCCGUCUGUAAGAUUAUCACUUUUGUAUACAUUGACGUUUUACUAAGUUAAAACGAUGUUGAAAAUACUUUACAUUGUUUAAUGCGUUUAAGCAGUUUGUGCUCUGUUUUGUAUUUUUUUUUAUAUCAUGGAAUGCAGCACCAACAGUAACAGAAUAGGAUUUCAUAACACUGGUGAAAAACUGAAAUAAGGAGGAAACACAGAGGAUCAUUGCUGGUACAGUUUUAAACAGAAACCAUUAGUCAGUUGUCCAUAAAACAAUUUUUUAAGCAAAAAAGGCCCUAAAUUUUAUGCUUCCAUCUUCUUAUAUUUGAGGAUAUGAUAACAACUUGUGAUUAAGGGUGUAAAUCACAAGUUUCAUCACGAUACGAUAUAUCAAUUCUUUUGACAACGAUACGAUAUUUGCUGAUAUCAUAAAGUCUGCCACGAUAUGAUUUCAAUUUGAUUCUAUUCCGGGGCCUGUGAUCAAGAUGAGAUGAUAUCAUACAGUAGGCCCAUUUAACACAGUUGCAUUUAUAUAAAUAAAAAAGCCAUUAAAAUAUGAUUUGACAAUUUUAGUGCUGAGGUCUUCCAGACAUUUAACUGAAAAACAAUUUAUUAACUUUAAUAAAAAUAAUUAGCAUAAAGUGCGAAUUUCAAAAUACAGGCAUAUCUUAAAGAUGACGAUAUGUAUCCAUAUUUCCACAUUGCAUCAAUGGUAUUGGGUUGUUGAUCAUUGAAUUAAUACAUCGGUUCAGAUGUACACCCCUACGUGUGAUGACCAUUUUGCAGUAUUUACAUUUUAUAGACCUACAAAUUAAACAACGAAUUGAGGAAAUAAUUUGCAGUGAAAAUAAUUGGUAGUUGCAGCCAGUUACAAUAAAUAUGAACACAAAUUAUUAAAAAUGGCAUUUCGGAAGGUUAAAUUGUAUCCUGCCAGUUGAUUGAUUGUAACAUAAGGUGGAGCAAAGGCAUGUAGCCGCUGCCCAAAUGUGCCAAACAAAACCAUUUUGCAUUACCAUAUCAAAUGCACCUUAACUUAACAGUCCCUACUGUUUUAGUUAUUAGUGCUUAACACACACGCAACAUUUUUGUUUCCUUGUAAAUAAGGAUAGAUGUAGUUGCACAUAAAGAGCAAAAUGCUGCACAGGAAAUACCACAGCCUGAUUGAUGAUCAAUAAUUAUUGAGGUAGCUGAGGAAAUAUGAGAUGCUCGGCCGGAUGUUAAUAUGUCAAUUACAUAACAGGCAUAAUAUAUUUGAUCCUGUGUACAUUGGAAUAGAUGUAACUGCAUUUUGGAUGACAAUGAGGAAACGUUACACGUGUUAACAGCAAAAAGUUGUGAUAUUAUUUAUUAAAGAUCUGUUUAAGAGUACUUGAAAAUGUUGAUUCCAUUGGCAGAUGGAUGCUUUAUAGGUACUCGCAUCAGAGACGUAUUCAGACUUAGUGUUCCCACAAAAUGCCCCAAAUGCAAUGUGUCAUUAUGAGGGGAAAGAACAGCUUCUGUGUCCCUUUUAAAAUGGAUUUGUAUCACUGACAUGCUGUUAUGAAACUUGUACUGUUGAUUAUGUAAUACAGAAUAUCAUGGAGAUGUGAUAAACAAAAACUAUUUUCAUUCCUGAGCACAUCAGUUCUUUUUUGAUAACAUUUGGCCACUUGCACCACCACAUCUUGAAUCAGAUAUCAUUCAUGUUGAAUGGUGUUUCAUCUAUGGUGGUUUGUCACCAGCCAGCCUUACUUAUAUGAUCGACGUAAAGGUAACCAUAAACUUGCCUGAAAUUCCAUCAUCAGGAAUUCAUCAGGAGUGUAUUAUUUAUUUAACGAUGGUAAAAUCUCACCUCAUAUGUCAUUGCAAACCAAAUGUGCUGCUGUGUAGAUGUAAUUAGUCAUUUCCAUUGGCCCUGAGUGAUGUUAUUCAAAAUGGAAAUCGUAAGCACAUGGUGGAGAACAAUAGUGUUUUUUGGUAUAUAAAAUGUAGCAUCCUACAGUACAGGUUUUUGCUGUGUUAUGUUACACAGGUUUCAUUUGAGAAAUAGGAGAAAAAUCCCAGUUUUGUCUUUAAUUUUUCUUGUUUUUACUUUCCUUUUUUUCUUAUAAUGAAAUUGUCAUUAUUGGUGAUUGGUUGAUAAAUGCACAUAUUUUUAUAUAUUAAAAAUAAACAACAUGGUUCAUCAAAA